UUUUUGCGGGCGACACGAGAGCAGCGGUUGAUCAUUAGCAUGUCGCGUUAUUCGAACGUCUAUCGACGACGAGUGUCGUCAGCUGCUCGAGAUGAUGCUGGAUAGCGCCGACGACGUUUUCCAGCCGAAUUUCAUGCUUCUCCUGCUGCUCUUGAUUCUCCUCUCGCACUACCUUCUCAACGAGGAUCCACCCAAUAAGUAAUGCAAUUUCAUAUAUCGCUGCUGAAAUCGACUCUUUUUCCCGCGCGCUUAUUAUGCGUUACACACUUGACGUUUCGGAUUUACGUAAUUGCGAUCCAUUGCGUCAAGGCUUCUCGUUUUCAUAACUUCAGACGGCUGUCGCUUCGUUUUCACCCGGAGAGAAAUCAAGAUGCAGCUCAAGACACGCUGCAAGAUGACCUUCGCCGAAAGGCCUUCGCCGUCGUCGCGGAGGCCUACGACGUCCUGUCCGACCCGCUCAAGAGGGCCGUUUACGAGCAGUACGGCGAGGAGGGACUGAAGAGGGGCAUCCGCGGACCCGAGGCUCCCGUCAAACCCUACGUCUUCCACGGCGAGCCGAUGCGGACCUACAGGGAAUUCUUCGGAACCGAGAACCCCUACGCCGAUCUGCUGGAUAACGCGGCGAAUCCUCUGCCGCUCGAGGACUGUCCGGAAGCUCGGGGAGAGAAGAAGAAGGACGAGCCGAUCGUGAUGCCGCUUGCGUUAUCCCUAACCGAGGUCUUUUACGGCGGAGUCAAGAAAAUGAAGAUUCAACGGCUGGUCCUCGUGGGAGACGACGACGACGACGACGACGACGACAAAGUGGAGAGGAAUAAGAGGCGGAGGACGGCUCUGGAGGAGAAAAUUCUCUCUAUACCGAUAAUGCCGGGAAUGCCUUCCGGAGCGAAAAUCGUCUUCCCGGAGGAAGGCGAUCAGGGCCCGACGAAAAUUCCCGCCGACGUUGUCUUCGUGACUGAGGACAAGCCGCACGAGACUUUCAGAAGGGACGGCUCGAACCUGAGGAUGACUGUGGACGUGUUCCUCAACGAGGCUCUCACCGGGACGAUCGUGACGGUGAACACCAUCGACGAUCGUACUCUCCGUAUCCCGAUAACCUCGGUCAUCUCUCCGGAUUACCAGAAGACGAUCUCAGGCGAGGGUCUGCCGCUGGUGGAGGAUCCGGAGCAGCGAGGCGACCUGAUAAUCGACUUCAACGUCGAGUUCCCCUCCUACCUGUCCGAGGCCAGCAAGAGCUACGUCCAGAAGGCCUUCGACGUCGCACUGGAUGAUCGUAGGGACGACAACGCUGGCAAGAAGAGAGGAUCCCGUCGCAUCGUCCUCGCCGACAAGCUGUACAUGCGAAGCGACAAACUCGCGCAGAUCUGCAGGCCGUGAAGUUUUUUAUCAUCGUUGUACUCCUGCUUUCUAUGAAUAACAAAACGUUUUUUAUUUUGCCAGUACA